AUGCCUAUCGGUGUCCUUCGAAGACAGACCCUCGUGGACGAGACAGGAGGCUCCAGUGGAGAAAGCUCACGUCGACCUUCCCUCGCUGAUGGGCCUCGAAAGUCCAGUAUUGUCGGGCUGUCUUUGCGUUUGACCCGAUCCAAAAGGACCAACUCGGUUCCAGAUUCGACCUCAACUCUAGCAGGAUCAACAUUGGGCGAGGCUUUACUAUCUCUCCCCGAUGAGAUCAUCACCCAUAUCGUCUGCCAUCUCGCCAACAGCGACUUUCUGGCACUUCGACUUACCUCUCGUGCGGUCAAUGCCAUCUUGAAAGCCAAUGCUGCUCAGAUCACACGGGCCCUCCUUGCUCACAGUUUCCCUUCUAGUCAUGAUUUCGAAUGUGUUCAGCUGCUCUAUCCUCAGCCACGGCCAUGUCCAAGUGAGAGAUAUCUGCUGCAAAUGAUUCGACGAAAAACUCUGAUCGAUAAGAUGCUCUCCAUUAUCGCCUCUUUCGUCCAGAUGAAAGUCUAUAUGAUUCCUUCUUGUCCUCGUUUCGAAGAUUUCUCCCCUUACCGACGGAGGCUUGAGCAACGAUUUCACGUGUCGGCUUGGAUCAUCUACCACUUCCUUGAGAGUUUCAGACACAUGCUUGUUUUCCAGCAUCCUGCUCAUACGCAGCAAACCUCCAACCGCUCUCAUGACUGUUCUCAGUGCACGGAUUUCGUCACCGAAUUGGUUGGAUCAUAUCCACCCACUGAGAUCAUUCCGGCGUAUCAUUUCUAUGGUCUCCUUCUUCAGCACCUUCGUCAACUGAGCCGUGCACCUAGCCAUGUUGGUACCAUUGAGCGGCGUUUGAGAGGCUGGACUCGUCGUUCCCCAACAGAUUCACAGCUAGCUCAGGUUGUCAUCAUUGGUGGAAUCCCACUACUGUCAACACUCUCGGUGUUGAAAGGCAGUUACAACUCACGCGUCGAGGUCAUUGGUUCUUUCAUCGACAAGAUCUCAAUGUCGGCUACAACACAGACGCGCAUAUUUGUUGCUCAGAGGAUCAAAAAUUCAGAUUCAUCGUCCUCGAAACAACUCAGAAUUGUCGAUAUGUCCGAAUUCGAAUCCCUGAAAGCAUCUCUCGAACCUCCGUUCUCAGAUAUCUCUGAGAAAACAGUUGAGGCCCUCCCAAGUCUUGAGAGGUUUGUCUCGGAUGAUUGGACAGUCAGGAUGUAUGAAACUGUCGGCCCGACAGACACACCUGCGAGUGCUUUUGGUUUUGUACAAAACGUGCUUGCAGGAAAAAAUGACGGACCCGAUUAUUUGGAACCUAUCAUAGGCUUUGCGUGA